UCAUCUCAACGAUGUACGUCAACUCUCCACAAAUCCAAACACAUUAUUUUGGUUUUGAAAUUGAUCCAAUCACACAAUUCACACACAGCCUUAAUUUUACAUCUAUUUUCUUGUGAGUGUGAAACAUUGAAUGACAGGUUGGGGAAUUAGAAUCAUUCAACCAGGAACCCUCCUCCUACGUCCCUUUGUUUGCCGGUUAUCAAGUCUUGGACAUUGUCCGGGCAAGUUUCAAUUAAGAAAUCUUAUCACAAUGGCUGAAUUCCAAGAAGCAAAAGAAAAGUACCUAAACCUACCCCUUGCUGAAAAACGAAAGGUGUACAAGUGUGGCGAUGCUUUCCAUGAGCUGACGACUAUCCCAACUUGGCCUUGCUACGCCAAGGCAAAGACUCUUCCUACCCUGCCAGAUUCGGAAGAGACUCGAGAAGUAAAAGUAGACUUAAAUGAAAAGGUGAGCCUGUGGAAAGGCGAUAUCACCAGACUUGAAAUUGAUGGAAUCGUCAAUGCGGCAAAUAGUAGCCUCCUUGGGGGUGGAGGAGUUGAUGGGGCUAUUCAUCGGGCUGCAGGACCAGGAUUAUUGAGGGAGUGUGAAACGCUGAAUGGUUGUAAAGUUGGAAACGCCAAAAUUACGGGAGGGUAUAAACUACCGGCAAAAUAUGUGAUACACACCGUGGGUCCUCAAGCCGAAGAAGCCAAAAUUCUCCAGUCCUGUUACUCAAACUCUUUCCAAUUGAUGCUUGAAAAUGAUUUAAAAUCUAUCGCAUUUCCAUGCAUUGCAACUGGAAUAUAUGGAUAUCCUAAUGACAGUGCAGCACACGUCGCUCUUAGUACGACUCGAGAAUUUUUGGAGAAGCACAGUGACAAAGUUGAUCGGAUCAUAUUUACCACCUUUCUUCCCAUCGACGAUAAGGUGUAUGAAACCCUACUGCAGAAAUACUUUCCCCUCGAAUAGCGUAUUUGGAAAAUAAUAACAAUACAACAGCAUGAUCAAUAAAGGUCAUGAACAUAUGUCAUCCAUAAAUGACACAUACAAUAAAUAAAUAAGAAAAAUGUUACU